AUGACAACUAAAAUUAAAGGCUCAAACUUAGACCCAGCGAUUAACAUUGUUACGACUGGUAGCUUAAACGUUAGUAGUAUUUCCCUAAACGGCACUUCGUUAACCACUGAUACGCUUACCGAAGGAACCACAAACCUAUACUUCACUAAUACUAGAGCUAGGGCAGCAAUCUCAGCUGGCACUGGUGUAGCUAUCACUAGUGGAUCAAUCGCAAUUGGUCAAGCUGUUGCCACCACUGAUAAUGUAUCAUUCAACAAUCUAACGCUUGCAGGUACAGUUUUUAUCAAGGGUAACCUACAGGUCGAUGAUACAACCACAACGAUCAUCGCAACGACUCUAUCGAUUGAUGAUAAAAAUAUCGUACUAGCAGACGGCGCCGCAGACUCAGCGGCCGCUGACGGUGCAGGUAUCACUGUUGCCGGAGCAGUCGCUACACUAACAUACCUCCACACAGGAACUAAGUGGGCACUGAAUAAGCCUUUAGAUAUUACUGGAGGAUUGAUUGCUACUGGACAGACCUCAUUAGGUCUGAUGGAUGUAGCAGCGCCCACAACUGCUGGUGGUGUUCAGGCAACAGCUAGCAUCAAUACCAUGCUUGCAAACGCUGCAACCAUCGCUUCUGGUGGUACAGGUUACGCUGUCAGCGAUGUUGUAACACUGUCUGGUGGAACUCAUGUUGUCUUAGCAACUUUUACUGUGACCGCUGUUUCAGGCGGUGUAGUAACUGCCGUUAGUUCUACCAACUUUGGCACUUAUUCGACUCUCCCCUCAAAUCCUGUAAGCACAACAGGUGGUACAGGUACUGGAUUGACGUUAAACUUCACUUUUGCAGUGAGCGCAGGCUUCACCAUCUCCAACGCUGGCUCUGGCUACGUAGAGCAACCUACAGUGACCUUCUCAGGUGGUGGUGGCUCUGCCACAGGAUCUUCUCCUGUGUUUAGCGUUGCCGGCACAGACACAAACAUCGACUUAACCCUGACAUCUAAGGGAACUGGUAAAGUAAACGUAUCGAGUACCACUGCCUCAACUUCAACGACAACUGGCGCACUGACAGUAGCUGGUGGACUAGGUGUAGCAGGUGAUGUAUAUGUUGGCGGUGCAGUCUUUACUCCUGACCAAACAUCGUAUGACGUUGUGACUUCAGUAUUUCCUACGAUUCGACCAUCGUUUAACCUCGACUUUGCAAACUCAAAGGUCGUUGACGAACGCAUCACUUUUACUCGUUCCACUAACGCUACCUACUACGAUGCCGACGGUCUGCUCAAGACUGCACUAUCUGAUAGACCAAGACUUGACCAUGAUCCUCUUAAUCGUGAGUGCAAGGGUCUACUGAUCAAGGAACAGCGUACUAACAUUUUAACGUCUACUGAUAGAUUCACUAACAGCCCUUCUUGGAAUUCCAGCCUUGUAAACGUAGUUCGAGAUGUGACUACAGCGCCAGACGGAAGUAUGACGGCAGAUUUACUAUUGAACACGACUACUUCUAGCAGACAAACUUUGUAUAGUAGUGCUAAUACAGUAGCGGAACGUGUUACAGAUUAUACCUUUUCGCUUUACAUAAAGGCAUACGCUAACUCAACCACUCCUGCACACUGCACACUGUAUUAUGCAACAGGAUUCGAGCAGCAAGAUAGAAUCGCAAUGCGAGUUGAUCUUUCUACAGGAACAUUAUUUGCUAAUCAAACCAGUGGAGUAGCAACAUUACUCAACUCAACCAUUCAGUCAGUUGGUAAUGGCUGGCUUAGAAUAAGCGUUACUGGAAAUAUCAAUAACGCUACGCUAUCAGGCACUGGAACAAUGACUUGCUCAAUUGGUGUAGCGAGGUUUGAUGCAGGAGCUUCUUCUAUCGUGAAUGCAUAUGCUGGUGAUGGCAAUACACAUACAGCUUUCUAUAUUUGGGGAUCACAGUUUGAGGUAGGAACAUUUGCAACCCCAUACAUUCCAUCUACGACUACGUUUACCUCACGUGCUUCAAGCGCAACAUACUAUGAUUCGACUGGUAUUCUUCGUAUCACAGAAUCCGAAGAAGCGCUAUGGGCCGCAUUGGUCGAAGGCGGUGCGGCAACUACCUACGAAGUCAAGAAUACUGACGGACAAGUUGUAGAGACUCGUAACGCACCUACACAGGGAUACAAUAUCGACAUCAUCGGCACAAUCUAUAAGCCUACUGGCAAUCUGAUUCAGCAACAAGGACCUGACAACACUACAAUUGAAGUGCCAGAGAUGGAAGCACUAGAAGGAUUCCAUGCUAAUAUGCGUGGACCUUUUGAUCUUGCACCAAAGGUCGAGUACAUUCCAUAUGUACCGACAGAAGACGACCUUAAGGAUCCUGAUUUCAUAAUGCCUAUGCCAGAAGAAGUUAUUACUCCUAGUCCGAUUCAAGCAAUUCUAGUUGACCCUAUUCCAAAAGCACCUGUUCGUGUUUGGUUCUAA